UUUAAAGUUUGACAAGUUGAAUAAUGGUUUGUCAUUUUAUUUACUAAUCCCAAUAUGAGAACAUUUUCUAGUGUUGUUGUUGUCAUUUUCAUCUGCAAUACUUUUUGGGUUAUAUUAGCUGAUUUCGUUUAUAACAAUUCAGGCAACCCUAACUGGACAUCGGUGACAUUUCUUCUACCUCUGGAUCCUUCGCUGUAUAUUUCUGCCAAGCAAAAUUCCCACUCUGUUUUUUCCCUCGCGCGAAGUUUUCAUCGACGAAGAGGAAACGCGAUUGAUUUGAAUGACAAUUAUUACGGGGAUUCCUGUCGACGGUUUAGUAAUUACUACUGUCUGCUGGCAUUCGAGACAGAUUUGGAUAACAACCUGGAUGGAUAUACAGUACGAUGGAAUGAAAGACUGCCCUUUUUCGAUAUCGAGUUCAACAACAAGGUACAGACAUUGGUGUUUUCGGUAAUCGAUAGUUGCGAGCAAACCAUGCUUGAGAUGCACCGGCGUCACAACAUAUUCUACCGCGAUGGAGGCUGUUGCAAAGCUCAGUGUGAUUUAUACCGCAGAUACGGGUUCACCAAAAUGAUAAUGCCGCCCGUCGAAUACUUGUCUAAAAUGGUGAACUACACGCUCGACGAGAAUAACAAACGACUCAAUUACAUCCGAGCAUUUUAUCUUCCGAGAUGCCGAGCCAAUGUCGUGACCAAAGUAGGUUUCGGGUCUGGCGAGUUAUUACGAGAAGACCAUCCUUAUAUUUACUCGCCAUACAUGCCUGGAGUUCCUUAUGUUUUGGGUCACAAUAAACGCAACUUGACCCACUCGAUUCCCUAUGGAAACCCGGCUGACUUUUUGACCUUCAGAUGGUUCCGAAGGAAUGUUAUUUGCCGAGGUCAGCCUUGGAUAUGCAUGUCACAGCAGCAAGGAGGUUCUAGUUCAAUGAAUACUGCUAGACGCAGAAGAUUACCAUUAAAAAGUGAACUAAAAAAGUUUGUGUAAAAAUAAUUUGUAUUACGAGAUACAAUCUUGGAUAAAAUUUAUUGUUGUUCCGA